GCACAAUGGGCAGAGCGGGGCGCAUGCGCGCGGAGCCAUUGUGCGUGUGUGUCCUGCGUGUCUGGAGAAUAUCUCUCCCUCGCUCUCUCUCUCUCGGCUGAAUCGUGUGCAGCCUGCCAUCCCGUCCGGCUGACACGGGAGAUGGAGGAGGAGGAUCAGAGCCGGCUGCUGCUGCUGUUGCUGCUGUGAGAGAGAGAGAGACGCGAGGAGUAUGGGGCCGCGGUGCGCGCGCGCAGUGCUGCUGCUUACUCUCUGCUGGCUGAGCUUCACGGCCAGCGAUCAGGACUUUUACCUUUCCCCCGGGGUCACGUUCGUGCAUGUGCUGGACCGCACCUACUACAAGCGUUUCUUCCCAUCGCCGCAAGAACACCGAGAUGACCCGAUCACCUUCCACACCAACCUCCAGGGAUUCCCCGAUCGGCCUGGGUGGUUGCGCUACCUGCAGCGCUCCCCGCACGAGGACGGCAUGCUGUACGGGACGCCAACCAUUCAGCAUGUUGGCAAGACAGUCAUCGAGGUGAUUGCUUACAACCGAUGGACGUACGACACCAUCCAGCACACAGUGGUCUUCAACAUCCUGCCGUCAAAUAUCAGUCUCCCCUUCCAAGCGGAGUUCUUCAUCCGCAACAUGAACGUGGAGGAGUUGCUUCCGAGCAACGUGCUUGGUGACUUCCUAGGCGCGGUUAAGGCCAUCUGGCAGCCGGGACACAACCUGCGUCUGCACGCCCUCAAUGUCAGCUCGGCGUUGGACAGGGGUGGCCGCGUUCCCCUGCCUCUGAGCGGCCAGAAGGAAGGGGUGUACGUGCUCGUGGGUUCGGACACGCGCUACUCCACGCACCUGGCCGAGCCCCUGACCCCCGAGAACCGCCUGCGGUGCAGCCAGGAGAGCCAGCUGACCGUGAGCUUUGACCGCAAGUUCGGCUCGCAGUUCCGCGUCGACUGGUGCAAGUUCAUACUGAUGGACCACUCACUGGACCAGACCAGCGUGGCCAAGGACAACCAGGCCUGGGUGAGCAGCACGAGCCGGGGCCCCCAGGCACCGACGGGAGACGGGGACGCCCCAGCUCAGCCCGCUGUGGACGUGGAGUUUGCACCACCGGGCCUCUCCCUUGAGCGCCGGGACCUGCACUCCGAGUUUGUGCUCACGACCGCCGUGCCGGCUGUGGUUGCCAGCCUUCUCGCUGUGGCUCUCAGCUACCUCAUGUGCUGUCGCCGCCAAGGACUGCAAAAGCAGGAAGUGCAGACGACUGAGGAGCAGCUGGUGCAGCAGUGCCGGAGCCGUCACGCCGGCGAGGAGCCACACGUCAGGUCCAAGCAGCGUGACGGGGCCCACCCCAUGGCCUCUCUCACGGCGCUCGGCGGCGGCGGCCGCCACAGGGACCGGGGCGGCCCGGGCGUCGUCGGUGCGGUACCCACCCCCCAGAACCUCGACUACGACAGCUACAGUGCCGCGUUCGUGCACCCCCAGGGCCGGGAUCCGAACAACGCCGUGCUCUCAACCCACAACCUUCAACCAAACUCGUCCAGGUGGAAGGAGACUAGUUUUAUGUACGUGCGCACACGAUGCUGUAAAUCUGUUCACAAAUCUCUCCUAUGCUUGACACACAGACACGUGCUUAGAAGCAAUGUAACCCGUGCAACUCGUGUCUUGCGUGUGGUCACAGAACUCAGGUUGCUCAACACUCGAGCUUGGACAGAGCGAGACCACUGCCUCCUCAGCCUGGUGGCCAAAACUCCUUCUCCAAGUCUCUCAACAACUGCUGUGACUAGAACCGGCACUGCCCAUGCAGUGUCUGCAGGUCCACCUUGGGGCCACUUGGCAAGAGGUCCCCAAUUCACACUUGGCCAGAGCCAGGGUCUCGACAGUCAGCCAGGUGUGUUGCUUUUAAUAUGGUUGACUAAGAAAACCUUCUGGUGAUUUCUGAAAUGCCGCAAAACACAAGUCAUUUUAACAAAGUUUUCUUCUAAAAUGAGUGUGAUUUGUUACCACAGUUCUAAUGUGGAACAUACCGUUUUUUAAUCACCUGGCAAAACACACAGGGACACUUAAAUCGCUACAGCUAUGUGAGGUGCCAACUAGAAUCUGGGAUUGUUUUUAAACACAUUUGCACAUUCAUAUUUAGACUAAUAUGUAAGGUGUCACAUAAUUUGUCUUGUGCAAGUGUUCUCUUACUAUGGAAUGCCAAAUGUAUUGUAGUACUGUCAUGUGGCUCAGGCUAGGAUACGUUUUUUAUGCCAUCGAGUAGAUUCUUGGACUUGGGAGUAAUUUUCUUUUUCCAAUAAACAUCUUGCUGACAAACAAGUGGAUCAGUGACACAAUUUUACAGAAUCGAAAAACGAUGCUGAUCUCCCAAUGAACUUGUGUUGAGAUCACAAUUGAGGACCAUUCAUUGUGCCAAAUGCCAUUCUAACGAUUUGUCAAAAUAAUUGUAUGUUUUUUGAAGUGUUUAUUUCUCAGUAUUUUAUAAUCAUGAAAUAAUUGCUAAGAGGAGCAAUAGGUGUUUGAGGUUUAAAUCCCAUGUCACAGCAAAGAGUAACCACCUCAAAAUUUAUAUCUUCAAUUCCUGGGCUGCUACACAUGAUCAAGGGCCAGGGUCUUAAACUCUACUAUUAUUGAACAGUGAAAUCUCGAGUUUCAGAUUUACCGUGCUUGCAAAAAAAAUGUUUUACCUCGGGUUCUUCACCGAGUGACGGCGACGCAAUGCUCACGUCGGUAAGUAAAACAAUUACUGUAAGAAACAAUAAAACAUAUCAUUCAACCCCA